CAACCUAUCGCUGUCCUCGUGGCCCUAACCCAUCCUCUCAUCCUUUUAUGAAGAAGAAGAAAAAUAUCUUGUCCGUCCUACCACUACCACAUCCACCUAACGCCAGUCGGACCAACCAACGCACACAAACGCCCAAGAAAUAACACGCCACGCUUCCUCCUCCCCGCAUCGCCCAGAUCCCAGAGCUCCAACAAAAUCAACCAUGCGCCCAUCCACAGCUAGCUAGCCGAGCCGACGCAGUGUGAUAUUUUUGCGCCAUUAAUCGAUCAAUCACCCAGUCCCGACUCCCGAGCUCGAGCUCACGGCGACGACGACGUCGCGCGCGCGUCCAGGUCAGAGCCGUUAUUUAUAGGAGGAUCUGACCAUGUCUUCGCCCCCCAAUAGCAACGACAGCGGCAAGAAGGACCCGCUGGACGCCAUGGGCGCCUUCUUCUCGGCGCAGAUGAACCGGCGCAAGCUGGUCACCACGCAGAAGCUGGCCAUGUCCGAGCGCUGCACCUCCUGCGGCGACGAGUUCCCCGGCUGCGCCCACCGCCCCGCCGACCGCAAGACGUGGAUGUCCGAGCUCGGCCCCGACCGCCUGCGCCUGCACCAGGUGGUCUGGCCGGGCUCCCACGACUCCGCCACCAACAGGAUCGGCAUCCCCUUCAUCACCCGCCCCUUCGCGCAGUGCCAGUCGCUCUCCUGCUACCACCAGCUCGCCCUCGGCUGCCGCCUCCUCGACGUCCGCGUGCAGGAGGAGCGCCGCGUCUGCCACGGCGUGCUCGCCACCUACUCGGUCGACGUCGUGCUCGACGACGUCCUGCGCUUCCUCGCCGAGACCGAGUCCGAGCUCCUCGUCCUCGAGAUCCGCACCGAGUUCGGCCGCGACGACCCGCCGGACUUCGCCAAGUACCUGGUCGAGCGCCUCGGGGUGCACCUGAUCCCGCAGGACGAGGCGGUCUUCGGCAAGACCGUCGCGGAGCUGCUCCCCCGGCGGGUCAUCUGCGUGUGGAAGCCGCGCAAGUCGCCGGCGCCCGGGCGCGGCGAGCUGCUGUGGAGCUCCGGGUACCUGCGGGACAACUGGAUCGACACGGACCUGCCGGAGACCAAGUACGAGAGCAACCUCAAGUUCCUCGGCGAGCAGCCGCCGGCGAGGGACCGGCGGUACCUGUACAGGGUGGAGAACACGGUGACGCCGCAGGCCGACAACCCGGUGGUGUGCGUCCGGCCGGUCACGAACCGCAUCCGCGGCUACGCGCGCAGCUUCAUCGCCGAGGCCUUCGCCAAGGGCCUCGGCGACCGCCUCCAGGUCUUCUCCACCGACUUCAUCGACGGCGACUUCGUCGACGCCUGCGCCGGCGUCACCAAGGCCCGCGUCGACGGCGUCGCGUGAACCUCACCGGCGUGCCGUGCAUGGGCUUGUCUGCGUAGUAAUUAGAGGUGUGGCCGCGCGCGAUUAGAGGGGUUCGUUCUCUGUCCUUCGGGCUGUCAUUUCGUGGCGUGCAGAGGAGCAGAAGCAGAAGCAGAGUGUGUGUGUACGUGCGCGUCCGGGUGGGCAUUCUUUACAGGUAAACUUGGGAUUAAUGGUGUUGAUGAUCAUGUCAGCGUGUGUGAUGUUUUGUACUAGUGGAUUGGGGGGUCUGUAAAUACAGAGGAGAAUUGCAUGUGCAAAGGAAUAAGCUAAAGUGUUGGUUGUGAA